AAAACGUCCCACCAAACUUGCAGAGGAAUUUUCUGAACUUUAUGACAAUGAAUGGACGGAUACAUUUGAAGUUCUUAAAACUGAUGAAAAGGAUAGAACGACCUUCAUGCUCCAUUUAUUACAGAGAGCAAGCACUAUUUGUCAGCAAAUAUCAAACGAUCAUAUGCAGAGUAUCAAGGAAAGUUUGUGUUCUCUGACUCUCCGAACUCAACUGCCGAAAAGGAUUGAUGUUGGCACAAAUGAAAUGUUCGGAAUCCUAAAAAAUGACAAGAAUCAAGUUUUAAGGAAUGAGGUGAUUACAAUGCCGUUUGACUCUUUGGAAACUGAUCAAAGGAAGGUUGUGAUGAAUUUGCGAAAGUUUGUUGAAAAACAGCUUUCUAAUCAGCUUCAAAUGGAAGUCGCAAAUGUUAUAGCUUCUGAAAAUGAUAUCAAUUUAAAAGAAGAUGAUACGGUUGUAAAAUAUAUAAUGAAAUGUGUUAACAUAUGCUGGACAAUGUGUCAACACGAGUCACCCGUACACGUUGACUUCCCUGAUCUACAAGUCAAUCAUAAAUUUGAUACUAAUGUUUUCAAACCGUACACAAAGUCUGGCAAAUAUCUAGAUUUCAUUGUAUGGCCUGCACUGUACCUUUACAAGGAUGGUCCAAUGCUUUGCAAAGGGGUUGCACAAGGGUACAAUUGGCAUGAAUAUUCACUGUCAACCAAUUGA